UGCGUGCGCCCGGCGUGUGACCCGGAAAAGAGCUGUGGAGGAGGCGGGCCCAGUUGCGGGACCCGCUGCUGGGUGACAGCGAGGGUCCAGCCGGGAGGGCGGUGAGAGGUGAGAAGAAAGCUCUGCACCGAGCCAUCCCUUCUUUUCCCAACCCCCUCCAAGUCCCUCAUCCCUUCCUCCCGGACUAGAGGGAGAAGUCGGGGAAGCAGGUCCUGUCAGCUCGCGACCGCGCCCCGCCAUGCUCACCCCGCGCCGCCCCGCUCCCCCAGGCCAUUAUUCCCCGCUUGGUGUUGAGCGGGCUCCUCCGCCACCUCUCUGGAGUCUAGCUUGGACGCGAUCGUGCUGCUUUCUGUUCUCAGUCCCGGCAGUCAGGCGUCACCUUCACACCCCUAUUUAGAGCUUCUGGUUUAGGCCCUCCCUAUGCCAUCCCCGCCCCCCAGGCCUAGAAGAUGGUUUGGCUUGGCCCCAUGUUUGUCAACAGCUAUAAGAGCAUCAAUGGUUAUCGCCUAGCCUUCCUUCCAUGCUAAGUGAAUCCCAUCCACACAGAAGUUCACAUCUUAUAUGACUCCUCCUUUCUUCUGCUUGCCUCCUGUCCGUGCACCCUGACAUGACUCCUGCCUGGAUAACUGGUUCUUUUAUCCAGGAGAUCAGGAUGGUAGGGGAACGGCGUGCAGGGAACCUUCUGGUACCCUUGGGGCCUCGGCUGCAGGCGUACCCUGAAGAACUCCUUCGACAGAGGCCUGGACAUGAUGGCCAUCCCGAGUACCUGAUCCGCUGGAGUGUCCUCAAGUGUAGCGAAGAGGGCAAAGUGAGCUCAGAGGAGGAGAAGACAGAGCAUCUCCUCAUGUGGCUGUCAGCCCCAGAGGUCUACGCCAACUGCCCCAUGCUACUGAGGGAGCGGCCAAUACCUAAAGGCCCGCAGCACGAACCUGCUGGAGAGGUGGGAAGCUUCCCACGAGACCCUGGAGGCCUGGAUGAGUUGGCAAUGACAGAGAUGGAGGCUGAUGUCCGGGCGCUGGUGCGCAGGGCUGCCAGGCAGCUGGCGGAGGGUGGGACCUCGAGCCUGACGGCUGCUGUGCUUCACACCGUCCACGUGCUCAGUGCCUAUGCCAGCAUCGGGCCUCUCACCGGAGUCUUCAGGGAGACCGGAGCCCUAGAUCUGCUCAUGCACAUGCUGUGCAAUCCCGAGCCUCAGAUCCGCCGGAGUGCAGGCAAGAUGCUCCAGGCUCUGGCAGCCCAUGAUGCUGGGAGCCGGGCUCACGUCCUUCUGUCACUGAGCCAGCACGACGGCAUCGAGCAGCACAUGGAUUUUGACAGCCGCUACACUUUACUGGAGCUGUUUGCGGAGACCACGUCCACAGAGGAGCACUGCAUGGCCUUGGAGGGCAUCCACCUUCCUCAGAUCCCUGGGAAGCUGCUCUUCUCCCUGGUAAAGCGCUACCUCUGUGUCACCUCCCUGCUGGAUCAGCUGAAUAACAGCCCAGAGUCAGGAGCUGGGGACCAGAGCUCCCCGUGUCUCACAAAGGAGAAGAGCCGGGCGCAGCAGGAGCUGGAGUUCAGUAUGGCCGUGGGCAAUCUCAUUUCUGAGCUGGUGCGGAGCAUGGGCUGGGCACGGAACCUCAGUGAGCAGGGCGCUUUGCCGCCCAGGCCAUCCCGAUCCAUCUUCCAGCCAUGCCUCUCAGGCCCUCCGCCUCUGCUGCUACCCACCAUCGUCACUACACCCAGGAAGCAAGGGCGGGCCUUCCGCGGUCGUUCUGAGUUUUCUAGCCGCAGCGGUUAUGGUGAAUACGUUCAGCAGACGGUGCAGCCCGGCAUGCGGGUUCGCAUCCUGGAUGACUACGAGGAGAUCAGUGCUGGGGACGAGGGCGAGUUCCAGCAGAGCAACAAUGGCGUGCCCCCUGUGCAGGUCUUCUGGCAGUCGACUGGCCGCACCUACUGGGUACACUGGCACAUGCUAGAGAUCCUGGGGCCGGAGGAAGCUACUGGGGAUUCAGCGUCCGCAGCUGUGGAGAAGGGAGCAGGGGCAGCUGUACUGGGCACAGUGUGUCCCUCCUGGGACUGGAAGCCCACACAUGGCCUGUACUCACUGCCGUAUCUCCAGCCCGAACCCCAGAAGAACGAGGAGGAGUCAGGGUACCUGACCCAGGCAGAGUGGUGGGAGCUACUGUUCUUCAUCAAGAAGUUGGACGUGGGUGAACAGCAGCCAAUUUUCCAGAAUCUGCAUGAGAAACUGGAUGAGGAGGCCCUGGGAGAAAAGGCCCUGGGAGAGCUCUCUGUGCCCAUAGAGAUGGCUGAGGGUGUACUACAGGUUCUCAGCAACCGCUUUGAGGGCAGCAACCUCUGCGACCUGCUCAAUUCCCGCAUCUACACUAAGUACGGGCUACUGCCCAAGGAACUGGGGAGCUUGCCGUCUUCACGGCGUCACUCCUGUAGCCCAGAGCCAGAGGAGGGCUCAAGGUCAGCUGCCAACUUCUCAGAGAAGGAAGAGGCCUGCAGAGCCAAUGCUGUGCCCCCAGAGGCAGAGAUGGAGCUUGCCAGUGCAAAGACAGAGCCCCCCAAAGCACAGAGUGACUCCCAGCUGUUUAAUCAGCUUCUGGUGACUGAGGGGAUGACCCUGCCCCCUGAAACACAGGAGGCAGCUACUGAAAUGGCCAGAGCCUUGCGGGGUCCUGGUCCGCGCAGCUCCCUGGAUCAGCAUGUGGCAGCGGUCUUGGCCACUGUGCAGAUCUCCAGCCUGGAUACGAACCUGCAGCUAUCAGGGCUCUGUGCCCUCUCCCAGGCUGUGGAGGAGGUCACUGAGCGAGACCACCCCCUGGUCCGUCCUGACAGACCGUUGAGAGAGAAGCUCGUGAAGACCCUGGUGGAUUUGCUAACCAACCAGGUGGGAGAGAAGAUGGUGGUGGUGAUGGCCCUGCGCCUCCUCUACCUGCUCAUGACCAAGCAUGAAUGGCGUCCGCUCUUUGCCAGGGAGGGUGGCAUCUACGCUGUGCUGAUUUGCAUGCAAGAAUACAAGACAUCCGUCUUGGUGCAGCAGGCAGGACUGGCAGCACUCAAGAUGCUGGCCAUUGCUAAUUCCUCCGACGUCCCCACUUUCAUCCCCAGCCGAGAUUCCAUCCAACCUCUGUUUGAUACCCAGAUGACCAGAGAGAUCUUUGCCAGCAUCGACUCUGCCACCCGCCCAGGCUCCGAGAGUUUGCUCCUCAGUGUACCUGCGGCUGUGGUCCUGAUGCUGAACACUGAGGGGUGCUCCUCUGCAGUGAGAAACGGCCUGCUUCUUCUCAACCUGCUUCUAUGCAACCACCACACUUUGGGAGACCAGAUCAUAACGCAGGAGCUGAGAGACACCUUGUUCAGGCACUCGGGGAUAGCGCCGGGGACAGAGCCAAUGCCCACCACACGCACCAUCCUCACCAUGCUCCUCAGUCGCUACUCAGAGCCACGGGGAAGUCCUGAGCGAGCAGUACUGGAGACACCAAGCACCCAGGGUCAGGAUGGGUCCCCCGAGUCGCUCAUCCGGUCCCUGGUGGGUGACCUGUCAGCAGAACUCUUCCUUGACUUGGAACGCGUGCUGUGCCAUGAAGGCAGCCCUCCAGCUGCCGUGAGGCCCCUCCUCAGGCGCCUCCAGCAGGAAACGCAGCCAUUCCUCCUGUUGCUGCGGACUCUAGAUGCCCCCGGGCCCAACAGAACUCUGCUGCUCACGAUACUCAGGGUCAUGACCCGACUGCUGGAUCAUCCUGAGACAAUGGUCCUCCCCUGGCACGAGGUCUUGGAGCCCUGCCUCAACUGCCUGAAUGGGCCAAGCAGUGACUCUGAGGUUGUCCAGGAGGUGACCUGCUUCCUGCACCGCCUGGCUCUGAUGCAGAAAGACUACGCAGUGGUGCUUUGCUGCCUGGGAGGUAAGGAAGCCCUCUCCAAAGUCCUGGACAAGCACUCCACUCAGCUCCUGCUGGCCUCUGAGCUGCGCCACCUGGUGGCCGAGUGUGAGAAGUACUCGCAGCUCUGCAGCAACCUCACCUCGAGCAUCCUGGCAGGCUGCAUCCAGAUGGUGCUGGGCCAGAUUGAAGACCACAGGCGAACCUACAAGCCCAUCACUAUCCCCUUCUUUGAUGUGUUCCUCAGGCAUCUCUGCCAGGGCUCCAGUGUGGAGGUGAAGGAGGACAGGUGCUGGGAGAAAGUGGAGGUGUCCUCGAACCCACACCGGGCCAGCAAGCUGACGGACCGCAACCCCAAGACCUACUGGGAGUCCAACGGCAGCACUGGCUCCCACUCCAUCACCUUACACAUGCACCGUGGUGUUCUUAUUAGGCAGCUGACCCUGCUGGUGGCCAGUGAAGAUUCAAGUUACAUGCCAGCCAGGGUGGUGGUGUUUGGGGGUGACAAUGUUGGCUGCAUCAGCACAGAACUUAACACGGUAAACGUGAUGCCCUCUGCCAGCCGGGUGACCCUCCUGGAGAACCUGACCCGCUUCUGGCCCAUCAUCCAAAUCCGAAUAAAGCGCUGCCAGCAGGGUGGUAUCGACACUCGGGUUCGGGGUGUGGAGGUGCUGGGCCCCAAGCCCACAUUCUGGCCAUUGUUCCGGGAGCAACUAUGCCGACGUACUUGUCUCUUCUACACAAUUCGGGCACAAGCAUGGAGCCGGGACAUUGCAGAGGACCGCCAGCGCCUCCUACAGCUCUAUCCGAGACUGAACAGAGUUUUGCGCCAUGAACAGAAUUUUGCCGAUCGCUUUCUCCCUGAUGACGAGGCCGCCCAAGCACUGGGCAAGACCUGCUGGGAGGCGCUGGUCAGCCCCCUGGUGCAGAACAUCACGUCUCCCGAUGCAGGAGGUGUGAGCUCCCUGGGGUGGCUGCUGGACCAGUACCUGGAACACAGGGAGAGUACGCGGAGCCGCCAGGGUCCUGCAGCUUCCUUUGCUUCCCAAGUUCGGCGCCUGUGCCACUUGCUGGUACAUGUGGAAGCCCCUCCUGGGCCUUCUCCUGAGCCAUCCUCGCAGCCCCUCAGCAAGAACAGUAAGGGUCAGGAUGGAAGCCCCACACCGGCACCUACUCCGGUCUGUCCCAGCACCAGCCUUCGGAACCUCACCCAGUGCUGGCUGAGUGUGGUGCAGGGACAGGUCAGCAGAUUCCUGGCCGCAGCCUGGAGGGCCUCAGACUUUGUGCCCCGUUACUGUAGUCUCUAUCAACGCUUGCAAAGCGCGGGCUCAGAGCUGUUCGGGCCGCGGGCAGCCUUCACUCUGGCUCUGCGCAGUGGCUUCUCCGGAGCUCUGCUGCAGCAGUCCUUCCUCACGGCUGCUCACAUAAGCGAACAGUUUGCUAGGCACAUUGACCAACAAAUCCACGGUGGUUUGCUUGGCGGAGCGGCUGGAGUGGGGAUGCUGGGGCGGCUCCAGCGGCACCUAGAGCCCAUCAUGGUCCUUUCUGGCCUAGAGCUGGCCACGACGUUUGAGCACUUCUAUCAACUCACCUUUAGGAGGAGAAGGCUGGGCCUGGGCCAUGCUGACGCCCACACUGAGACCUGGGCUGGCUGUGUGCGCUGCAGGCAUUACAUGGCUGACCGUCUCCUGAGCUUGGGCUCGAGCUGGCUGGAGGGGGCUGUGCUGGAGCAGAUCGGUCCCUGCUUCCCCAACCGCCUCCCGCAGCUGAUGCUGCAAAGCCUGCACACCUCAGAGGAGCUGCAGCAUCGCUUCCACCUCUUCCAGCUGCAGCAGCUCGACAGGCAGCUCUUGGAGCAGGGAGACCAGGAGGAAUGGAGGCCAGAGAAAGUGGAGGAAGAUGAUGAGGGACAGGAGACUGGAAGAGAACUCUUUACAGACCCAGGACCAGCCAUUUCCGUCCUGGUCCUGUCACCGCGCUGCUGGCCGGUCUCCCCACUGUGCUAUCUGCACCACCCCAGAAAGCACCUACAGGCGGAGCUCUGCGAUGCCCUGGAGCGCUUCUCCAGCUUCUACAGCCACAGUCAGAACUGCCCAGUCUUGGACAUAGGACCACACCGGCGACUUCAGUGGACAUGGCUGGGCCGGGCUGAGCUGCAGUUUGGGGACCAGACCCUGCACGUGUCCACUGUACAGAUGUGGCUGCUGCUGAAUUUUAACCAAUCAGAGGAGGUGUCAGUAGAGACCUUGUUGAGGAAUUCUGACCUCUCCCCAGAGCUCCUGCACCAGGCCCUUCUGCCCCUCACCUCUGACAAUGGUCCUUUAACACUGGAGGAGACUCAGGACUAUCCACAGGGCGGGGUGCUGCGGCUUCGUGAGCCUAGGUCCCAGACCCAUGAAGAGGUCCUGUGGCUGAUACCUCCCCAGACGUAUCUCAGUGUAGAAAAGGAUGAGGGCCGGACCUUGGAACAGAAGAGGAACCUCUUGAGCUGCCUUCUUGUCCGGAUCCUCAAAGCCCACAGGGAGAAAGGCCUGCACAUCGAUCAGCUGGUUUGUCUGGUACUGGAGGCCUGGCAGAAGGGUCCAGAUCCACCUGGGCGCCUAGGCAACGCUGCGGCAGUGGGUGUGGCCUGCUCCAGCACUGAUGUUCUCUCUUGCAUCCUGCAUCUCCUGGGCCAGGGCUAUGUGGAACGGCGUGAUGACAGGCCCCAGGUCCUGAUGUAUGCCACUCCAGAGCCCAUGGGGCCCUGCCGGGGUCAGGCAGAUGUCCCCUUUUGUGGCAACAAGAACACUGAGACCUCCAGGCCUAGCCCAGAAGCUGUGGUGGCCCUGGCAUCUCUACAGCUGCCUGCAGGCCGUACCAUGAGUCCCCAGGAGGUAGAAGGAUUGAUGGAGCAGACGGUGCGGCAGGUGCAGGAGACGCUGAACUUGGAGCCAGAUGUAGCUCAGCACCUUCUGGCUCAUUCCCACUGGGGCACAGAGCAGCUGCUGCAGAGCUACAGCGAUGACCCAGAACCACUGCUCCUUGCGGCAGGGCUGCGAGUACCCCAGGCCCAGGUGGUCCCCACUCGCCCUGACCAAUGCCCUGUGUGCGUCACCCCCUUAGGACCCCAUGACGACUCGCCCUCCCUCUGCUGCCUGCACUGCUGCUGUAAGUCUUGCUGGAACGAGUACCUGACAACUCGGAUAGAACAAAACUUUGUACUGAACUGUACCUGCCCCAUCGCUGACUGUCCUGCCCAGCCCACUGGAGCCUUCAUCCGUAACAUUGUCUCCUCCCCGGAGGUCAUCUCCAAGUAUGAGAAGGCCCUUCUGCGAGGCUAUGUGGAAAGCUGCUCCAACCUGACGUGGUGCACCAACCCUCAGGGCUGUGACCGCAUCCUGUGCCGCCAGGGCCUGGGCAGUGGGACCACCUGCUCCAAGUGCGGCUGGGCCUCUUGCUUCAGCUGUAGUUUUCCCGAGGCACACUACCCUGCCAGCUGUGGCCACAUGUCGCAGUGGGUGGAUGAUGGUGGCUACUAUGACGGCAUGAGCGUGGAGGCCCAGAGCAAGCACUUGGCCAAGCUCAUCUCCAAACGCUGCCCUAGCUGUCAGGCGCCGAUCGAGAAGAACGAGGGGUGUCUGCACAUGACCUGUGCAAGAUGUAACCAUGGGUUCUGCUGGCGCUGCCUCAAGUCCUGGAAGCCAAGCCACAAGGACUACUACAACUGCUCUGCCAUGGAGGAUUGCAUGAAAGUUCUGGGUGAAGUAGAGAGAGGCCUUCUAAGAAGCCCAGCCUAUCAGAAUGUACACAGCCAUCUCUCCAUGUGUCUUCACCAGGAGUUUGCUGUCAACCUGCGGAACCAGGCCUCUGCCAUCCAAGAGGUGCCUCCACCCAAAUCCUUCACCUUCCUGCAAGAUGCCUGCCGGGCCCUCGAGCAGGCUCGAAAGGUGCUGGCCUAUGCCUGUGUCUACAGCUUCUACAGCCAGGACACAGAGUACAUGGAUGUGGUAGAACAGCAGACGGAGAACCUGGAGCUGCAUACGAACGCCCUGCAGAUCCUGCUCGAGGAGACCCUGCUGCGCUGCCGGGACCUGGCCUCCUCCCUGCGCUUCCUGCGGGCCGACUGCCUCAGCACGGGCACAGAGCUGCUCCGGAGGAUCCAGGAGAGGCUGCUGGCCAUCCUACAGCACUCCACCCAGGACUUCCGGGUUGGGCUGCAGAGUCCCUCAGUAGAGACCCGGGAGGUGAAAGGGUCCAACGUGCCCAGUGAUCAACCCCAGGGCUCCUCAGGGCUGGAAGUGGAAGACGAAGAGGAGGAAGAAGAGGAGGAAGAGGAGGAGGAGGAGGAGGAGGAAGAGGAUGUGCCUGAGUGGCAACAUGAAUUUGAUGAGGAACUAGACAAUGAUAGCUUCUCCUACGACGAGGAGUCUGAGAACCUGGACCGAGAGACCUUCUUCUUUGGUGAUGAGGAUGAAGAUGAUGAGUCCUAUGACUGAGGGGGGAGGGGCAGGGCCGCAGGGUGUCAUGGGAGAGGGGAUUCCCAGUGUCUGAAGCACCUUCUGUUUACUGAAUAAACCUCUUUUUUCACACACUU